CCCGUUGUUCUUCCGUCCGUCCUCUCGCCCUUUCCCUGAGUCCCUUCCAGGUUCGCGAUUGGACUGGGUUCAGUCCGGUCUCAACCGCUGCCGGCGCUGCCUCCCUCCUUCCAUGAUCUGGCGGCGCUGCUGCCCGCGGCCGCCGGCCCUCCUGAGGACGGUGAGGCACCUCUCGAGGCUCGCCCCGCCACGGCCGGCGAUGGCGGAGCCGGUCAUCCGGGUCUCCAACAACGUGGCCCGCCUCGGCGAACCCAAGGAGGGCCCCAAGCCGCGGCAGCUCCUCUCCCUCCCCCCCUUCCCCUCCUCUCACACGAACCCUCUUCCCGGCCGGAAGAGGGAUCCCGCCGCCGAUCCCAGCAAGCCCCGCCGCAUCACCGCCAUCACCUGGGUCAAGCACUACUUCGCUGACAUCCCACCGGAAGUCAUCCAGAGCCAUUUUAGGAAGGGCCUGGUCCAUGUGGAAAGCUCAAAUCGUGGUGUUCCACUGGAAAAAGGUCAUCAUCAGAUGCACCAGUUGAAAAGGGUUAAGCAUAACGAUGUUAUGGAGGUCGGCAUGAAGAUUCAUAUUCCCGUUUCGGUUGCAGAGACCAAGAUAACCAAGAGAUAUGACACUAUACCAACUGCAACCUUGCAUCCAAAUGCUGAUGAGAUAGAAUACAUAAGAAGGCUUGUUACCUACAAGGACUCUGCUAUAAUUGUGCUAAAUAAACCCCCUAAAGUGCCUGUAAAGGGAAAUUUACCUGUUCAUAAUAGCAUGGAUGUGCUGGCAGCAGCAGCAUUAUCAUAUGGCAAUGAACAGGGUCCCAAGUUGGUGCAUCGACUUGACAGAGAGAGCAGCGGCUUGCUAUUGAUGGGGAGAACGAAAGAAAGCUUUGCUCAACUUCAUUGGCUUUUUACUAACAUAAAUCUUGCAAAAUCAUCUUCUCAGACAUGGAAUGAUGCUUGUGAAGCAACGAUGCAGAGGUACUGGGCAUUGGUCAUAGGAUGUCCAAAAGAAAGGGAAGGCCUUAUUUCUGCUCCACUUUCAAAGGUGCUUCUCAAUGAUGGGAAAACUGAAAGAGUCAUUUUGGCUCAUCCUUCAGGUAUAGAUGGCUCUCAAGAAGCUGUGACUGAAUACCGGGUGAUGGGACCCACCAUUAAUGGAUGCUCAUGGGUUGAGCUCCGUCCACUCACGGGCCGGAAGCAUCAGCUCCGAGUACACUGCGCUGAGGCACUGGGCACACCAAUUGUUGGAGAUUACAAGUAUGGUUGGUUCAUGCACCAGAGAUGGAAGCAAAUGCCUCGAGUAGACUACGAGCCAAUGACCAGAGCACCGUACAAAUUGCGGAGGCCUGAGGGCUUGGAGGUUCAGAAGGGGAGUGCCCUAUCCAAGGUCCCUUUACUGCAUCUUCACUGCAGAGAAAUGGUUAUCCCUCACAUUGCAAAAUUCCUCAGCAGUUCAGGUGAAUGGCAUGAUGAGGGCACUCCUUGGUCCUCUGAUAAGCCAGAUCUUCUCAGAUUUGUAGCACCAAUGCCUUCUCACAUGAAGAUAAGCUGGAAUGUUAUGUCAUCAUGCUUGGUGUGAUGUAAACCCUAAUUUUUUUUUUAUUCGUAGUAAUUGAAAUAUUUGGUUUCAUGUUUAUGCUUGAUUUCUGGGUGUUGCAACUUGGUGGUACCUUCAUCUUCCCAAAUGGUGGUAGUCUAGACUCUUUGAAGCAAUUUUGGUACCAAAUCCCGUAAUGCUGCACAGUCUGUACAUCCAUACUAUCGGUUUGGUAUAUAGAUUGGCACCGGUUCGGGGGCAA